AUUCUAUUAGUAUUAUACGGUACACCCUAAUACAAUAAAGUGGUCUCGAGUUUCAUAGGGCAAUUGAAUGACAAUGAACUCGAAAAGUUCUAAUUCUAGUUCUUUAAUGCACACGAAUUUCUGUAGUGCUAUGCUUCCUCUUAAAACUAUUCUUAAAUUAGUCAGGGCACUACGAUUAAUGAAUGCAGAACUGCAAUUUCCCGACAGCUCGGUGUCUAAAAAAAGCUUACUUGUCAUCGAGUCAGCGGUCGACAACUGUAAGGAAGACACGUAUUAUAUUUAUGCCUAUUAUUCACCUUUUAUGAAGGAUGUUUUCAGAAGCUAAACGCUGAUCGUCGUAGAUAUUAAAACAUGGGGGGAAAUCUUCGACUUCUACUUCUCAGCUUUUUGCUUUCCGGUGUCCGGUGCGCUGAGUGGUCUCUUUGGGUGCCCACUCACUUGGAUGCCCUGGAGGAUUCCUGCCUGCUCAUCCCUUGCGGUUUUGAUUUGCCUGAUAAUUACCUUGGACAGCUGAGUAAACCGGCAGGCGGGGUGUGGAGGAAAGGCUCGCCGUGGUUCACAGGCAGCGUCGAUGUGUUCACCUCCUCCCGCAGCCGCAACUUGCUUCACGGCGAGAUUAUCGGAGACCUAUUGCAGAAGAACUGCACCACCAUCCUCGACGGACUCCACCAGAAUUACACCGACAAGUAUUACUUCAGAAUUGAAAGUGGAUUUCUGAUGACUUUCCCAACGGAAACACUGAUACAAAUUACAGACACUCCACCCAAACCACGGUUGUCCCCGGUGUCGGUGGCGGCCGUGAUGGAGGGCACCCUUCUCAAUCUGUCCUGCACGGCUCCGGCCCCCUGUCCCCGCCUGCCGCCUGAUUUAAUAUGGACGCCGCUUCUGGGAGACGCCCGCGGAGCGCUGGUGACGAACGAGGACGGCACCUUGACUGCGACCUCAUCGCUGGAAUUUAGUGCGUCGCACCUCCAUCACGGGCUGACCAUCUCGUGUACCGCCGCGUACGCCCGGCAGACGAACGGCAGCCACAGCGCCACCACGCGGAGCCCCCCUCUCACGGUUUUCUACUCCCCAAGAAACACGAACGCCACCAUCAGUGCGCCCGACCCACUGACAGAAGGCGACCUGGUGACUUUGGUCUGCACCAGCGACGGCAACCCGCCCGUGGAGAGCUACGCCUGGUUCUGCCAGCAUGGAGAUGGGGCUGAACGUCUCGGCUUUGGGCAGGACUUCGCCUUUAAUGUGACACCCGCCCACACUGGUCUGUACCUCUGCCAGGCUCAGAACGCCCACGGCAGUCAGAACUCUUCGGUGAUCCAGCUCUGGUUGAAAGACCUUACAUUUGUAGGAGAGGAGACGUCCACUGUAGGUCUGUGGCUGGCAGGACUGGGAGGACUGCUGUUGGUCCUGCUGUUGCUGGGACUAGUCCUAUGUCUCUGCAGAAGAUCCAGGGACUCAUCAAGCUCUGUAGAUAUGAAGGACCAAAAAGUUUACGUUAACAUGCAAAACACUGUUCACUCAAACGCGUACCUCUCUAGCAGUGACCAGUCAAGAUGGGCCACGGAUGAAGAAGUCUAUGACAAUUCAAUAAUGUUUCACCUUGAAAAGCCUAAUGACUUUCCUGACCAAUCAGAAGAUGACAUUGACAAUAUCUAUGCCAAUUCUUUCGCAGUUGACAGCUUAUCAACCCAGUGUAGUUAGUCCUCUGUUGUGGAGAUGACAGCUCUGAUUGCAGCAGAACACCUUGAUAGUGACACUUUCGCAAGGCAGUAAUGUAGUAAAGUCAUGUGUUGCAUAAUGACGUUUUGGUCAAUGACAGACCACAUAUACAACAGUGGUCCUAUAAGAAUGAAAUAAAUGAACAUUGCAUGUAUUUUUUUAAUACUCUUUGUGAGGAACAAAGUUAAAUGAAAUUCAGGGACACCAGGUGAACUUUAGUGAUAUAUAUGAAAAUGCAUACUAUAAAUAAUGUGCUGUCCUGUGGUGGACUGGUGUCCCAGUCGUGGUGUACCCCCGCAUUGAAGGAUAGGCUGCAGGCCCCCAUGACCCUGGCCAGGAUUGGCACUUUGAGGAUGGAUGGAUGGAUGGGACACAACAGCUAUUAUAAACAAAAUGUCCAUUUUCAGUGAUUAUUUUUUUGUUCUUUGUUCCCCUGCUACUAGUCCCACUGUCAGAAGAAACAAGCACAAAUGUCUAAAGACACAUCCUUUGUAUUCAGUAUAACGUUCUUUUUAAAUAAACUUCCUGAACACAUGGACAGUUUACCGUGUAUCCAGUUAUAUUAAUAUUUAUAUACUUUAACGUGCAGUACCGUAAAUUAUACGCAGGUGGGAUCCUCUUCACUAGUGCUUUGCUGCCCCCUGCUGGUUAAAUGUACCCCAUUAGCUUUCAUUCUGUUUAUUUACAGAACUUACACAAGGAAAUGCAAUGUUGCUUUUUGGUAUUCAAUUAAAUUCUUUUAUUAAAAACAA